ACGAGCUGAAAAGUGAAAGUAAAAAUGUCGCACAAGAUCUCAGCUCUGCGUGUUCACACAGGAGGAACUCCAAGCAGAAACGCACAGGCAAAACGUCAGCAUUAGAAGGGGCUUUCGCACUGUCGGGCUUUACAAGACAUAGUGUCGGAGUAGGAAGAUUGAUUUUAUUUUCUAAUCCCACGACAGACGAAUAGGACCUCUGGACUGAACACCGAGCUGUCGCGCAGCACAUUAUCAUAAAAAAGAGCAGACACUUCUUGAACAGGGGGUGAAGCAGCAGCCUGCAUAAGCUCAUUGAAAAGGCUUUCCAGCACGUGUCGGUUUGGAAAAGUUUGGAGACCUUUGUGCUUGAGAUUGAUUUGGAUUUCACUUGAGUGCAACUUCAACAGAAACAUGGUUCGAUUUGAAGCUUGGCUCUUUAAGCUGUUUCUGGGUCUGAUGUGGGCAUUACCAUUCUGGAUGAGUCCUGUAACAUCUAAUUUAUGCACAUCUCUGACAACCCUGAAAGAUGGGCUCAAUGCAACAUUAAGGAGACGAUUUUUGAAAUAUAACUUUCCUAUUAACUACACCAUUCAAGUGCGUUAUGAAGAGGUCUUCAGACUAAGAAAUAUCAGUCGGCUGAAUGACACUGUAGAUGUGAGGGAUCUCCAGGAUGUGUGGGUCAAGGUCACCAAGACAGGAAUAAAGAAGAUUUUGGCUGUGCUGCCAGAGAAACACCCAACACGCCAUAAAUACCUGAAAAACCUUGAUGAACUUUUCUCAAGCUUCUUGCAAAUCUAUCUAAAGCAGAACUCUGGGGAGAGAGAUAUUCCAGAUGUCAUUGAGGACAUUUUUGAACGCUUGGAGGACCCAUACUACCAGGGCUGGAGAUCUGUCACACCUAAAUCAUUGCUCGACAACUGUUAUCGGACCAUGCACUGCCUAUUCAAGGACUGCUUCUUAAUCAACGGCGACGAAGACUACUGCAAAUCUCAGCACUGGAGAAAAGGAAAAGGAACACAGGGAUGAUAGAAAGUUCCCUAAUUGAGGAUUUUCUAAUGAGAAAUGCGCGAAGGCCACAGGCAUGCAGUGUGUUUAUUAGCGCUCACAAAGCUCCUGCUCACCAGAAUACAAGCCAUCCAUUCUUACCUUCAUCCAUCUAUACAUCAGUUCUUCAUAGAUAGAUAGAUAGAUAGAUAGAUAGAUAGAUAGAUAAACUCCAUAGACUCCAACAUAAGUGCAGCUAUGUGUGUGGAACUGAUUCAUGGCUUUUCUUUUGCUAUAGCAUAAUUCUCUAAUUUGAAACUAUAGCUAACUCAACUACAUGCCCCCUGGAUUCACACUGCCAGCAAGGAUUUUAAUCUUGUGCUUAAUCAUGUUCUUGAUCCUGUGUGCCAAAAUAGAAUUGAGUGUGUAUGUGUGUGUGUGUGUGUAUGAAUGUAUGUGUAUAUAUAUAUAUAUUACAUGCAGAUGUUUAGCUGACUGCUGGCUUAGUCAGCAAAGUCUUGUUUCCUUUGCUUUGCGCUUUGAUAAGCUGUGUUCUUAUAAAUAUUAAUGUCUGAAGUUAUAAUUUUUUUUAUUGAUGUUCAUUGUUUUUUAUGCAUUUUAUGUUAUUUAUUUGGGGACUUCUACAGAAUGUUCUAGUAACUAUGUUGGAGAAAAUAAAAAUAAACGUUCCUCUGGCUCCA